CACCGUCCAGAUGACGUGCUAUGGAGAAGCGGGGGCAUCCCCACCUGCAGAAAAGGCCGUGGUCAUAUACCGCCCCAUUUUGCCCAGUGACGUCAUCCUGAAUGUCUCUGAAUUGGUCGUGUGGCCAGCAGGCAAAGCUGACGUCACCAUAACCCUGACGUCGAUUGGGGAACUUCCCACUCGCGUCUCUGGAUACAUCGCCUGGGGAGAUGAUGUCCAAGAAGGGGAAAUCCGAGGGAACGCUGAAUUUGACCUGAGUGACGUCACGGCUCCUGGAAACACGGGGUCUGUUUCCACAGUCCUGGAAUACAGUUUCGGCCGUUCCGGCGUCUACAACAUGACGGCUUGCUUGAAGAACAACGUCUCCGUGGUGUUCGCUUCCAGGGAGAUUCGCGUCAUCGACCACAUAACCCUGAGGGCGGUGACGGUGGAAUAUUCAGACGAAGCCGAUAUCCCGGACUGGCAGACGGAGGUCUUCAAGACAUCUGUGAACUUGAACAUCACAGCCAUCGUGGACACAGGUGCUGUGGAGCAGUUCGUUCUGAGCGCUGAUGGAGACCUCCUGACGAAUCCUGGCCCAUCUUUCACCUAUGCCUUCGACCGGGCCGGCGAAUACAACAUCACCGUGAAGGCUUCGGGUGAGGCCGGAGAAUCUCCCAGCGUGUCGACUGCCAUAACAGUGGCAAGACCUCUUCUUCGGGAGAACUUCAAGCUGGUUGUGCCUUCUCUGGUCGUCUGGCCUUCAGGCGAAGCUCUGGUCACCAUCCACUUGAACUCGACUGCAGAAUUGCCCACGGGAGUCACAGGGACUGUCGACUGGGGAGACGGGGAUCCUGUCACUCUGGUCGACUGGAAAAACGUCACGGCACCUGGAAGGACUGGCGAAGUUUCUGAGGAUUUCAUUCACGUCUACACAAGGGAAGGGAACUACACUGUCACCUUCAUGGCCGGGAAUGAGGUUUCUAAGGCGAAUGUGACGGGAAUGGUAAGAGUGGUAGACGACCUCGCCCUCAGCCGCAUCGUCGUAUCUUACCGAGACCCGGCGGACGAACCUGGCUGGAACACCACCUGGCUGAAGACUGGAGUCGACCUCCGCUUCCAGGCCAUCCUCGACACGGGCGAGGCCACUUCCUAUGCCCUUUCCGUCGAGGGGGAGGCACAGCCCAUCACCAGCCCCAAUUCCACCAUCUUGUAUAGAUUUGCCUUGGCUGGGGAAUACCACAUCAACAUGAGCUGCUCAGGCGAGGCUGGCGUCUCACCCGUUGUGGUCAGCACGGUCAAAGUGGCCCAUCCCAUCUCUCCAAACCACACGACCUUGAGAGUACCAACCCUCGUCGUGUUGCCUCCAGAGAGAACUCACGGUGCAAGGAGGGAAGAAAAAACUAAUAUGCAGGGUAACUCACACCUGCAGACAGAUAGACUGGACUUUAGAGGGUUUACUGGACGAAAUAGCUGA